AUGAGCGUCAUAUCUCACAUUUCCAUAGGUUCGACCAAAGAGAAGUUUGGUGAAAUGGUUCGGUUUUACGAUUCAGUCAUGACUACAGUUGGAGCCAAGCGUCAAAUGGUUUAUUCAACAGAUGGCGAACGGUUGGAUGUACAAGGCGAAUGCGAUCCCGAAAAGCUUGCUGCGAUUGCGUAUGGAAAGUACUGGCCCGAAAUUUGGAUUCAGCUCCCACACGACAAAAAGGAAGCUACUGUUGGAAACGGCGCACACAUAUCUUUUGCAUGCCGUAACUCCAGUCACGUCCAGCAUGUAUAUGAUACAGCCAUCACGAACGGGGGAACUUGUAAUGGAAAGCCCGGUCCAAGGAAGGAGUAUAGCGACAAGUAUUACGGUGCAUUUUUCUUGGACCCUUGCGGCAACAAGUUGGAGGCAACAUUCUUCGAUCUGGGUUUGUGGAACUACUGUGGAAUUCUCUAAAUAUUGAUCAAUUUUUCGGC